AUGAAUAAUCCUCAGAGUGUUAACCCUGUUUAUAAAAGCCUGUGGAGCCUGCCUAUAUUAUCUAAGGUUCAGAUCUUUGUUUGGAAAUGCUAUGAAUACAUUUUACCUGCCAAAACUGUUCUUGCUAGAUUCAGUAAUGGUCAUGACACACUGUGUAGCAUGUGUAAUUCUGGUUCUCAUGAAUUACCUGAACAUAUUAUUCUUCACUGUGAUUUCUCUAAGGUUGUUUGGUCUAUAACACCUUUUGCAGAUGCUAUUGAACAAGAUAGUUCUUUGAAUAUUAAUCUGAAAGACUGGGUCAUUAAAUGGCUUACAGAUGUUGCAAUAAAUAAGAAUGCAGGUGAUGUCUUUUCUAUUGCUUGGAGCAUUUGGAAAGAUAGAUGUUACCAUGUUUUUCAGGGGAAAAAUCUUAAUCAUCAUUUAACUGCUAGACUCUUUCUUAAGCUUGUUAAUGAUACUAAACUAUAUCUGCACAACUCUGAUAUUCAUGUUAAUACUAGAUCAGUUCUUGUUGUGGAUAAAACAAUUGAUCAAGUUACUAGCUCUUUGCCUAUUGAUUGUCAUGUAGUUUUCAGUGAUGCUUCCUAUGAUAAAGAUACUAACCUAUCUGGUAUUGGUUUGGUCUUGACUGACCUUGCAGGCUCAUUUAUCGGAUGCAAGCUCAAAGCCGGGAAUGUGAGGAAAGCUGAAGAAGCUGAAAGUCUGGCCUUGUUGGAAGCAGUGAAUUGGGCAAAAGACAAAGGCCUAGAUAAAGUAUGCUUUGUCAGUGAUGCUAAAGCAGUUAUAGACUCUUUUAGUUCUAGUAAUAGCCAAUCGCACUGGGAAAAUAAAACAGUCAUAGAUGACUGUAAAUCAAUCAUUUCUUGUUUUAGUCUAGUUAGAUUUGAAUUUCUAAAAAGAAACAAUACUAUGUUGGCAGACAAAGCUGCAAAGUUCUGCAGAAGGUCUAGAACCUCUGGGGAAUGGAUGGGGUACAUCCCUGAAUUCCUAAAUUCUACUAUGUAA